GCCUGCCUUGAGCAGGAGGUGCGCGGCGUGGUCUCUCCCUGUAGAGCCCCGUCGCCUCGGCGGGCACAGAGAGCGGCUCUGUCCCUUUCCCCUCCUUGUCGCGGCCCCUGCGAUGGCGGCGGUGCCCGACGACGCGAAGGCAAUGGAUCUACGGUCCACCAGCGGCGCUGGGCUGGUCAUGGCGAUGGCCGUCCAAGGUGCUGCUCAGGGAGCUGCGGCGGGCGGCGCCUCGCGGCAGGCGAUAGCCGCCGCGGUCGCUGCCGCGCUCCGCACAACAUGGGCGCUGCUGGCAGAGGUCGGCUCCGAGGAGGACGCCGAGCUGGCGAUGCGCUGGCAGGCCAUGGAGCCCGCCAUGCGCCAGCAGCUGCGGGGCGCCCAGCCAGGCGGCGCCGCUCGCGCCAGGCGCAACGUCGGGGCGCACGUCGACCUCGGCAAGGGCGUCGAGGCCUUGCGGCAGGCCCUGGCGCAGCCGCAGCGGGCCCAGCGCGGAGGGCGCUGCGGGCCCCGCGUGCCGGCGCCGCCGGGCCCGGUGGCGGCGGACGCGACGGAGGACUACGCCGACGGCGUCGAGCUGGGGGGCAGCCUGAACAUCGGGGAGCCCGACGUGGACGAGUGCGAGGGCACCGACCAGGUCAUCGUCACCCCCGAGGGCCAGCUGCUGGGCGAGGUUCAGCCCUCCUCGCUUCUCAGCGCGGCGGUUGGCGAGGACUCGGAGCUGGACGUGGACGAGUGCGAGGGCACCGACCAGGUCGUGAACAGCGCCGAGGUGAAGCAUGUUCCUGAGGCGCCGCGGGACGUCGAGCCUGGGGGCGACGGCGGGCGCGACGCUGAGGAGCAGCUGAGGGUCAAAACAGAGGGGGCGUGUGCGGCAGCAGCCGAGGAGGAGGACGAGGGCCUCCCCGACGGCCAAGACCUGCCCGUCGACGGUGUCGACGGCAUCGGCACGGAGUACGGCUGCGCCUUGGAGGGCAAGGAGGGCGAGUGCAUCUUCAGCGACGCCGUGCAGGCUCGCGUGCGGUGCUACUUCUCCUUCGGCCUCAGGGUCGCCUUGCUGCUGGGCGUGGCCUUCUGCCCGUUCGCCAUCUUCGACUGGGGCACGGGCCUCGCGUGCGUCACGCAGCUCGCGGGUCAGCCCUGGCUAGUUUCCGCCCCGUAUGUGAUCGACCUGGGGCCUUUGCCCGACCCGUACCAAGCGGCCCGCCAAGCCUUCCCGAAAGGUGAACGCGAGCUCCAGGACCUGGCAUUGUGGACCCUGGAGGAGGAGCACGUGCUUGAGUUCCUGGUGGAGCGGCGGCGCACGCUGGAGCACGCGCUGGCCGUGGCUAGGCGCGACGGGGUGGCUCGCACCAUCGAGGGCGCCGAGGACGCUGAGGGCAUGGGGUGGUCCUUGCGUCGCCUCUCGGAGGACAUUCGCGAGCUUGAGGCGUUGAGGCCUCAUGGAUUCGAUUCGGGAUAG